AUCCGGACAGGCAGGUAGGUGCCAUGGCGACGCCAUCGACGACGUCGCAGCCGACGCUCAAGGUCAUGCGUCUCUACAAGCCCCGUCUGUGCAUUGAGAAGUCUUACCGCCGUGAAUUCGCGCUGUCCAACAUGCUCCUUCUCCCUGAUAGCUUCGGCAACAUCUACCUCGGCGAAACCUUCAGCAGCUACAUCAGCGUGAUCAACCAAUUCGCGUGUGACUUGAAUCAAGUUGGUCUAACGGCAAAGCUGCAAACUCCCACAACUCGAAGCGACCUCAGCGACAAACGCCUGCUUCGUGGGGGCACCACGCCGCCCAUGAAUCCCAUGCCAGUUUUGCCGGCGGGGUCCAAUUUGGACAUGGCUGUCGAGUUCGAGCUGAACGAAGUCGGCGUCCACACGCUGCGCGUCGGAGUGUCGUACGUGGAUCCGGUGACGUCUGAACCAAAAUCCCUUCGAAAGUUCUAUCGCUUCCAAGUCCUGAAUCCAUUGACGAUUACCCUCAAGCACGUCCUGAUCCAGGACGAGUCGUUCGUCGAAGCCAAGGUGCAAAACAUCACGCAGAUCCCUCUGCAUGCUGAUUCGAUUUUGUUUCUGCCGUCGCCGCCUUUCAAAGCGCAAGAGUUAGCCCCACCCAAGCAGUCCAGCAACCUGAUAUUUCCCGACGACGCCGUGCAAUCCACGUUCAAAGUCACAGCGGAUCACUUGGAUAUGUCUCUGGGGACGCUAAACCUAGGACGACUCGAAGUCAAGUGGAAGUCGGCGAUGGGCGAGUCUGGGAGCAUGCAGACUCCACCAGUCAUUCGAAAGGUGGGUAGCGUGAAAGAAGCAGUUGUGACCGUUCUGUUGCCGACCCCGGUGCAUGCCCACGUCGGACAGCCCUUUCUCGCCUCUGUCGUUAUCCAAAACAACGGCACACGUGCAAUGCACUUGCAGCUUCAGUUGCGGCGCGACUUGAUGCUCGGCAUCCUGUGCAGCUCCGUGUCGCAUCAGAACGUCGGGUUUGUCCAAGGCAACUCGACGUUGACAGUUGAUGUCGAGUUUCUGCCGUUGGUCGCCGGCCUGCAGCAAAUCCAAGGCGUGUUUGUGGUCGAGAUGGAGACCCAGGUCGAGUUUGCGAUGGAAAAAAAGGUGUUCGUGUUGGUUAAGUGACACAACACGACGAGUUGGAGGUUUUCGGUGCCAGUACGGGACUGCCCAUCACGGUGAA